CUUUGAAAACAAGGGUUUUGACUUUUCUACCUUUUUUUCUCCAGCCCCUCUUUCAGUGAAUGAAGGAAUGAAGGCAUGGCAAUGCAAGGAGAUAUCAACCUAAGGUUGUUUUUUAAAGAAAAGCACAAAGAUGUGGAUACUGCAGGUCCUGUGUGUUUCCUUGUGCGUACAUGCUGUUCAGGCGAGGAUCUGGGCCUGGAUGUUGUCUAUACCCUACAGUGCAUCUGAAGAUGGACCAGUGGGGCCAAGAGAUAGGGAAGCUGAAAUUUUCCCAAGCAACCCUAAAGUAGAUAUGGUAACGUGUGAGCACGACCGUGCCUGCGGUAGGGGUUUCUCUUGUGAUCGCCAUUUUGGCCUAUGUGUCCCUCUAAGGCAGGAGGGGCAGUACUGUAGACGAGACGCUCAGUGUGUGCGAGGACUCAGCUGCAUGUUUGGCAGGUGCAUUAGAAGCGUUCCAGAUGGCCAGGAGGGGGCUCGGUGUAAACUCGACAGAGACUGUGGUGAAUCUAUGUGCUGUGCCCGUCACCAUGGUGAAAGAGUCUGCAAGCGGCGACUGGUGUUGGGCGAAAGUUGCUUUGUGCCUGAUGGUGGAUUGGCUUUCAGCAUCAACCAGAUCUGCCCAUGUGAAGAAGGUCUGCUGUGCCGUGGUCAUGGAGAACCAAUGAAAAGAGAGAGAGAAUUUGUAUAUCACUCAGACUCCACAAGCUGGACUUGUCAGGAUCCUAAACCAUGAAAACCUUAUAUCUGUUUCACGUAUUAUGUCAUUGCUCUGUGUAAAUAUAGUG